AGUGAAGUAAUACCGCGCGUGCGCGCUGCGCGUCACACCGCAAGGCCGUCCGGCGAACUGUCAAAUAAGAUAAACACUUCAAGUGGAUUGUUGUUAGCACUCGUUGUACGAAAGUUAUAAAACAAAGUGAUUAUUAUACUUCUAAAAAGAUAUAAAAUGUUAACAUAGUAUCCGAAAAGUGAUAGAAAAAGUGUUUAUUCAUGUAAUUUUACCGUGAUCAAUGAAUGUGUACAUAACAUAACCUCGAACCUAUAUUCCAGUGAAGUGAGCAAAGAAAUUUUAACCGUAUUCUUGUAGUGUUAAAGACUGUUAUAAAAAAUGAAGUAUGGUAAAAAAAUAGUUUUAUUUACGCUCUUUGCGAUGAACCUAAUAGAUCAGCCGGCACCAGAAAUUACGAUAGAACAAGGAACUUUGAGCGGUAAAAUAAGUAGCGAUGGGUCGUUUUUUGAAUACAUCGGAAUUCCAUACGCUAGUACUAAUAGCAGUACGAGGUUCAAGGCACCACAUCCACCUCCAUCAUGGGACGGGAUUUACAAGGCAGUGGACGAAAUAUAUCAAUGUCCACAAACCUCAUUAUUCGGCAUAGUUGUUGGAACUGAAGAUUGUUUAAAAAUCAACGUCUAUGUACCAGCUUUAGCGAAAAAACCCUUACCUGUCAUGGUUUAUAUUCAUGGAGGUGCAUUUUUACUUGGAAGUGGAGGGAAGUUCAUCUACGCACCAGAUUUUCUAGUCAAAGAAGAUGUUAUUUUAGUAACAUUUAACUAUAGGCUAGGAGCACUAGGGUUUCUUUGUCUGGGUAUAAAAGAAGCACCUGGUAACGCAGGUAUCAAGGAUCAAAUAGCUGCUCUAAGAUGGGUGAAGAAAAACAUUCGUGCAUUUGGUGGAGAUCCCGAUAACGUAACAGUUUUCGGACAAAGUGCUGGAGCCACAUCUGUAUCUCUGCUACUAGUUAGUAAAGCAACUGAAGGAUUGUUUCAAAAAGCAAUCGUACAGAGUGGUGGUUCUACAUCUAGUUGGGCAAUAAAUAGGCAACCACGAUGGGUGGCUAGUCUUAUAGCUAAACAUUUAGGAUAUGAUACUGAAGAUCCCAAUGAAAUCUAUGGAAUAUUUUCCAAAAUUCCAUACGAUAAAUUAAUAAAAGCAAGACCAAAAAAACCACUUGGCAUGUAUUUUGAUACACAGUUGUUAAAUUAUCCGUGUGUCGAACAAGACAUCGAAGGAGUAGAAGCUGUUAUCACAGAUUACCCGUACAAUAUUUUUGAUAGUAAUCCCAAAAAUAUACCAGUUAUUUAUGGAACAACUAGUAAAGAGGGAAUGUUUUUAAUACCUGAUGAUACAAAAGAGUCUUUAGCGGCAAGAGACGCCAAAUACAUGAUUGCAUCAGACCUGUUAUUCCCAUCAGAAGAAGAAGCAGCUAAUGUAUCAAGGAUGGCACGAACAUUUUACUUUGGUGAAAAGAAUAUUAGCUUCGAAGUACAAAGUGCUAUAAUAGAUCUCAACACAGAACUGUAUUUUGAAGUACCUUCUAUAUUAGAGUCAGAAGCUUUAAUUAAGAACAUAGAAAGUAAUGUAUACAAUUAUUACUUUAACUACUCCGGUGGAAGGAACUUCCUAAAGUUUAUAAGUGGAUUUAAGAACGAAACUGGAGCAUGUCAUAGUGAUGAAUUAUUUUAUUUGUUCAAAGGAAAUAUUUGGCCUUUCCCUAUAAGUAACGACGAUAAAAAAAUGAUUCAUUUGAUGACUAAAAUGUGGACCAACUUUGCUAAGUAUGGAAAUCCAACACCAAGCGAUGACUUACCUGUGAUAUGGGAGCCCAGUACUAAAGACACAAUGAAAUUUCUUUACAUCGACCAAGAAUUGAAAAUGGGUCCAAUCCCUAAUCCCAAAGCUUAUCAACUUUGGAAAAGUAUUUAUGAAAAAUAUCGUAAAAAGAUUAAACCAAAUGAUUUUUAAAUCUGAACAUUUUAUUUUACACCUAUACAUUCUUAUAAUUUAUU